UGACACGUAUUCAAAAUGGCGGCCGCGGGGAUGGAGACGUGGUGGGCCUUACUGCUGCUGUUCUCACUGCCUGGAGUCCGAACCUUCUACGUCCCCGGAGUCGCUCCUCAGGACUUCCAUGAAGGAGAUAAAGUAGAAAUUAAGGCGGUGAAGCUGACCAGCUCUCGUACGCAGCUCCCAUAUGAAUACUACUCGCUGCCUUUCUGUAAGCCAGAUUCUGUUCUGUACAAGGCAGAGAACUUGGGUGAGGUCUUACGAGGCGACCGUAUCGUGAACACUCUUUACGGCGUGCAGAUGAGCAAAGACAAGAAGUGUGAGAUGAUGUGCAACAAGAAGAAGCUGAGCGUGGAGGAGAGCAAACUGGUGGCCGAGAGGAUCCAGGAGGAGUAUUACGUUCACCUCAUCGCAGACAACCUUCCAGUCGCCACCAGGUUGGAGUUUUACACAAACAAAGAAGCAGGAGGAGAAGAUGAGCUGAAGGAGAAGCCAGAUGUUCAGUUUGAACACGGCUACAGACUCGGCUUCGUUGAAAGCAACAAGUUUUACCUGCACAACCACCUGUCCUUCAUCCUGUACUUCCACAGAGAGAAGGUGGAGGAGGAGGAGGUUCACAACUACAGAGUCGUGCGUUUCGAGGUCAUUCCUCAAAGCGUCAAAGUGGAAGACCUUAAGGCAUCAGAAACCGACAAAACGUGCACCUUGCCCGAUGUCAGCGGCUCUGCGCCUCUGGAAAUCGACCCGAAGAGAGAGAACGAGGUUCUGUUCACCUACUCCGUCCACUGGGUGGAGAGCGAGGUGAAGUGGGCGUCUCGAUGGGACACCUACCUGACGAUGAGCGACGUCCAGAUUCACUGGUUCUCCAUCGUCAACUCGGUGGUGGUCGUCUUCUUCCUGUCUGGUAUUCUUAGUAUGAUCAUCAUCAGAACUUUGCGGAAGGACAUUGCAAACUACAACAGAGAGGACGACAUUGAGGACACCAUGGAGGAGUCUGGUUGGAAGAACGUCCAUGGAGACGUCUUCAGACCGCCUCAGUAUCCCAUGAUCCUCAGCUCCCUGCUGGGCUCCGGGAUCCAGCUCUUCUGCAUGGUUUUAAUCGUCAUCUUCGUCGCCAUGUUGGGGAUGUUGUCUCCGUCCAGCAGAGGAGCCCUGAUGACCACUUCCUGUUUCCUCUUCAUGUUCAUGGGAGUGUUUGGGGGUUACUUUGCUGGCAGACUGUACCGCACACUGAAGGGCCACCGGUGGAGGAAAGGAGCCUUUUGUACGGCGACUUUAUAUCCAGGAGUCGUUUUCGCGAUCUGCUUCGUCUUGAACUGUUUCAUCUGGGGCGAACACUCCUCCGGAGCGGUUCCCUUCACCACCAUGCUGGCUCUCCUCUGCAUGUGGUUCGGGAUCUCCAUGCCGCUCGUCUACCUGGGUUAUUACUUCGGCUUCCGUAAGCAGCCCUACGACAACCCGGUGCGCACCAACCAGAUCCCCCGGCAGGUCCCGGAGCAGCGCUGGUACAUGAACAAGUUCGUGGGAAUCCUCAUGGCCGGGAUCUUACCGUUCGGCGCCAUGUUCAUCGAGCUCUUCUUCAUCUUCAGCGCCAUCUGGGAGAACCAGUUCUACUACCUGUUCGGCUUCCUGUUCCUGGUCUUCAUCAUCCUGGUGGUGUCCUGCUCUCAGAUCAGCAUUGUCAUGGUUUAUUUCCAGCUCUGCGCCGAGGAUUACCGGUGGUGGUGGAGAACGUUCCUGGUGUCAGGAGGUUCUGCGUUCUACGUUCUCAUCUACGCCGUCUUCUACUUCAUCAACAAGCUGGACAUCGUGGAGUUCAUCCCGUCUCUCCUGUACUUCGGUUACACCACCCUGAUGGUUCUGACCUUCUGGCUGCUCACAGGAACCAUCGGCUUCUACGCCGCCUACAUGUUCAUCAGGAAGAUCUACGCCGCCGUGAAGAUCGACUGAUCCUCAGAUCCUCUGCAGUUUGUUUUUUCACCCUUUAUUUUUUAAUUUUUUUCUUUCUGUCGAGCACUGACUUUGUGCAGAAGGAGCRGGAGUGGGUCAGUUGGUAUUUGUGGUGCGACAGCGCCACCUGCUGGCCACACGGUGGAACAGCCGUCUCUUUCCUCCGGUCGGACAAAGACUCGUGGGACAGUUUGUCUUCUGCCGUCUCACCUUCAAACAGUCAGCGGGCCAAAGCUUGUCAGACACUUUCUGCACCUUUUUUUUCAUUCGUGUUUAAAUCUGAGCUUGGUUUUCAGUUUUGUUACGACAGGAUUUAUUUCUUCUGGUUUCCUCUUUUUUUAUUUUAUUUUGUUCUCUUUUGACGGAUCAGGGUGGAAUUUAAGGUCCGAGUGACAGAAAUUAUGAGUCUGACUGUAACACAAAACCAUUAAAUGUUUUUUUUUUAAGUCCUGGUGUGGCUGUCUUACCCACAACAAGCAAAAGGUUGUCUUUGUGACGGGACUGAAGUUCAACUCCUCCCUCAGCUGCUGCAGGACUAAAGACUUGGAGGACCAACAGGUCUAAGGCCCGUUAGCGGCGGCGGUUUAGCCUGCAGAACUAUGCAGUGAUGGAAAAWUUUUUUUUAACAUCAAUCAGCUGUUUGUUUUUCUGGAUCUCGUAAAAGAAAAGUAUAAAAUGUUUCUGUGUUUUUUCUUUUUAAAGUCAUCUAACAUCACUUCUGUUUCUGUUUGAUUUAAAACCCGAACGACUCGACUUGUUUUGUACCAAACGUUCAGUCGUUUUUACGUUUUCACCCCUCUGCAGUCGAUGGGUUUUAUUUCUAUAAAACGGUCCCAACAGAACAAAUUUAGAUCCCAAUAAAAAGAAACUGAAGGGCUUUCCAAGAGCGAGUAAAGUAUUUUACUCAACUUUACKUAGAUGUACACUAAUCCUGUUAGUAAAACUUACUGUGGGUUAAAUAAUGCAGUAUAAAAUAUAAAAAAGGUCAAACACAAAAGUCUCAACUGUAACACUGACCAUGAUUAAAGGGACYGUUCUGAUCUUUUUCUGUAAAACAUACGCAGCAAGUAUCCUACCUGCUGCAGAUGGCUCUUUGAUCGGUCUCACUUUGAGGAGCRAACGGCUAGUCCGAGUCCAGGCCCAAACCAAAGUGGACCGGUGUCGUUCAGAAACAACUAAACUGCACUACGGUUCAACUGAACCAUUAUUUUUUUAAAGAACGUGUCGCCUGCUUCCCAUAACUAAUCCAACUGGAAGUGUUACAGCUAGCUGCUGCUGCAGUUAACCACUGAAUGCUAUGUAAAUAUUCAUGUAAAGUUCUAAAAAAAAAUUACAUUUCUGUUUUGAAUGGCAUCGACGUGAAUUUGUUCAGAUUAGCUGUUAGCUUGUCGACCUGUCGGCCAUCUUUAACAGGUAUAUGUAUAAUCUUUCUACUUUAAAAUAGCCGAACUGUUCCUUUAAACAGGUUUUAUUGCUGUUUCAUGAUAUCUGAACUGAGCCGGAUGAGUUUUAUAUUUGUGCUAAGCUAACGGCUAACUGUAGCUUUUCUAACAUUUUCAUGUUAAAAUCCCAAAAUACUGAUCUGUUGUUGCUGGUUUCUGUUGGUUGAAAGAAAAACGAUCAAAGAAUCUGAGAUUUGUUUUAUUAAAAUAUAGAAAUAAUUUGCAUUUCCUUUUAAGGUUUUUUUUUAGCCACAAAUCUGUAAAAUUAGCCGCUGUAGCAAAACAUCACUUCUCAGACGUUGAUCCACAUUUUCAACCUUAUAAAUCCGUCGCGUUGAUUUAUUUUUGUGAUUAAAUUAUUUUAUUUUUUCACUGACUGCACAGAGAAGAGACCGACCCCCAUCGGGUUCAGAGACGUCAGAAUAAUCCGAGGAGAAAUUUUUACCUUUUUUGUUUUUAGAUUCUGGGGUUUUAUGUACAGUGGAGGGGGGGUUCCUUGUAAAUAAAUAA